CCCCGGCCCGGCGGCGGCGCGUGACGCUAGGCGCUGGGAUCCGGCGGCCACCGGGGCGGGCUGCGGGGACAGCAUGGCGGCGGCAGCGGCGGUGGCGGGGCCCGCUGCACCCGAACCGAUGCCGAGCUACGCACAGCUGGUGACGCGGGGCUGGGGCAGCGCGCUGGCGGCCGCGCGGGGUUGCGCGGACUGCGGCUGGGGGCUGGCGCGCCGCGGCCUGGCCGAGCACGCGCACCUGGCGCCGCCCGAACUGCUGCUGCUGGCGCUGUGUGCGAUCGGCUGGACCGCGCUGCGCUCCGCAGCCACAGCGCGCCUCUUUCGGCCCCUGGCCAAGCGCUGCCACCUUCUGCCCCGCGAUGCUGCCAAGAUGCCAGAGAGCGCCUGGAAGUUUCUGGUCUACUUGGGCUGCUGGAGCUACAGCGCCUACCUGCUCCUGGGCACCGACUACCCCUUCUUCCACGAUCCACCCUCCGUCUUCUAUGACUGGAUGCCGGGCAUGGCGGUGCCCCAGGACAUUGCAGCCGAGUACCUGCUGCAGGGCAGCUUCUAUGGGCAUUCCGUCUAUGCCACGCUCUACAUGGACACCUGGCGCAGGGACUCGGUGGUCAUGCUCGCCCACCACGUGGUCACACUGGCCCUCAUCAUCUGCUCCUACGCCUUUAGGUACCACAACGUGGGCCUCUUGGUGUUCUUCCUGCACGACAUCACCGACGUGCAGCUGGAGUUCACCAAGCUCAACACCUACUUCAAGGCCGCGGGCGGCACCUACCAUCGGCUGCAUGGGCUGCUGGCGGACCUGGGCUGCCUGUGCUUCUGUGUCAGCUGGUUCUGGUUCCGGCUGUACUGGUUCCCACUCAAGGUCCUAUAUGCCACACUGCACACCAGUCUCAUAUCGGUGCCUGACAUACCCUUCUACUUCUUCUUCAACGCGCUCCUGCUACUGCUCACGGUGAUGAACUUGUACUGGUUCCUGUACAUCGUGGCCCUGGCGGUGAAGGUGCUGACGGGCCAGAUGCGCGAGGUGAGCGAUCUGCGGGAGUACGACUGGGCCGAAGCCCACAGCCCCAAGCCCAGCAAAGCCGAGUGAGUGCGGGGCUCGGCACCCGAGUUCCUUCCUUGAGCGACAUCAGUCCCAGCAGGCUCUGUGGGCAGCGGAUGAGGCAAUGCUGACGUUGUCCCCUAGCCUGCGUCCAACGAGGAGGCUGCAGAAGUGGUGAUCUGGCGGCGCCUUAGGGGCAGAGUGGUCUGGGGAGGGGCGUGGGGGCGGAGCCGUGGGUCAUGGGACUCACUGCUGACAGUGAACUCUGACUCCAUCCCAAUCCACGCCAGGGGACAGCGAUCCAGGCCAGGGGACAGGACCAUGCUCAUCCAUGGCAAGCCCUCCCAGGGGUGCGGCGGCCCUGUAGGAGGCGAGGGACCCCCAGCAGCCUUCCUGAAGUGCAGGCAGGAGCCUAGCGGCUCCCACGGUCGGACCUGAGAACCUACUUGCAGAGGGGCAGGAUUGGGUGACAGCAGUGUCCCCCCAGGCAGCAGGCUGUAGAUGGUUCUGAAAGGUGGCAGGCGGCCCGGCCCUCUUAUUUGGCCGGAGGGGGAAAUUGUCUUGAUAUUAGGGAUUGAACCUAGGGCUUCCACCCUGACCCAUACCCUUAGCUCCUUUUUAAAUUUUUAAAUUUUGAGACAGGGUCUUGCUAAGUCACUACAUUGCCCAGGCUGAGCUCAAACUGUGAUCCUCCUGCUUCAGCCUCCCAGAGUGCUGGGAUAAUAGGUGUGUGCCCCCAUGCCUGACUAGAAGCAUCUUGGGCUUACUGAUGCAGGGUUCAGGGCCUCAGAGAGGUCCAGGAUAGAGUGUGGGGACGGGGUGACUCCCAGACAGGGCUGGGCGAUGGUGACGUCCUGUCCUGGCCCCAGCUGGCCCCAGGUCCAUCCCUGCCGGGCGGGCAGCAAGCAGACAGGGCUGUGCAGAAAGCAGAGCCAGCCUGUCUUGCUUUGGAUGUGGGUGAAGUGGAAAUAAAAGAAUCAAAGACAA